CCGAGGGCACAGCCACAGUCUCAGCCGCCUCCGAGCGGCAGGAGGGAGCAGUCGGUUGCUGCGCCCUGGCGGGCCACUUUUCACCCAUCUUGUUCCUUUCUCCCGGGCCGAGAUCUUAGUCUGUGCCCCUCCGUAUACUCCUGGAUCAGAACCCUCACAGAGACAUGGAAGAAUUUUUGCAACGCGCCAAAUCUAAACUGAAUCGAAGCAAACGCUUGGAGAAGGUUCAUGUGGUUAUUGGACCUAAAUCGUGUGAUUUGGAUUCUCUCAUUUCUGCCUUCACAUAUGCUUACUUUUUAGACAAGGUCAGCCCACCGGGGAUUCUCUGUUUACCAGUCCUGAACAUUCCGAGAACGGAAUUCAACUACUUCACUGAGACGAGGUUUAUUUUAGAAGAGCUCAGUAUCUCUGAAUCAUUCCACAUAUUCCGAGACGAGAUUAAUCUGCACCAGCUCAAUGAGGAAGGGAAGUUGUCUAUAACUCUCGUGGGCAGCAGCGUGCUAGCGAGUGAGGACAAAACUUUAGAAUCAGCAGUUGUGAAAGUCAUUAAUCCGGUCGAGCAGAGUGAUGACGGGUUUGAACUCCAAGAAUCGUCCUCUUCCCUCGUGCUGAAAGAGAUUCUCCAGGAGGCUCCUGAGCUCAUCACGGAGCAACUGGCUCAUCUCCUCAGAGGUAGUAUCCUUUUUAAGUGGAUGACCAUGGAACCAGAGAAGAUUUCAGAGAAGCAGGAGGAAAUUCUUUCUAUUCUGGAAGAAAAAUUUCCUAACUUGCCUCGAAGAGAAGACAUCAUCAAUGUCCUGCAGGAGACCCAGUUCAGCGCUCAGGGUUUAAGUAUUGAACAGACAAUGUUGAAAGAUCUCAAAGAACUGUCAGAUGGAGAAAUAAAAGUGGCCAUUAGCUCUGUAAACAUGAGCCUCGAGAUGAGUAGUUGCCACACAGGGGACAUUUCAGGAAAACAAGCAUUCUCAGGUUCUUUUGUGGUCAUUGAACUCUUUGUAAUGCAGUUUUCUUCGAUGCAGACUUGUUUACAAGAAACCAAAAGGUUAGAUAAUAUGGUGACCUCAAUUCCAGGAGAACUUACAACCACUCUUACAGGGUUCUAUUGGCAACUCAAAAUUAGGUUGAAUCACAAAUUAAGACAAAGUUACGGCGCAGAUGUCAUUGUUGAUGGCGCUGUCCAAAAGAAGGUAGACCAGAUCUUUGAUCUAGGAUGCCUGAGAUGUUGA